UUGUUUCUUAAUCCCUAAAUCCUUAUAAAAGGAUCUUAAUUUCUUUAUAGAAGACUUGUGAAAGUCAGUCAUCGAGUCCCUUCGCUUCUCUUCUUUCUACUGUUUUCAUCCGUUAUUCUUCCAUGGCUUCCGAUCUCGAAGCUAAAGCCAAAGAGGCUUUCGUCGAUGAACACUACGAGCUUGCCUUUGACCUUCUCACUCAGGCUAUUGCCCUCAGCCCUAACAACGCCGACCUCUAUGCCGACCGUGCUCAGGCCAACAUAAAACUCAAUAAUUUCACUGAGGCUGUUGCUGAUGCAAAGAAGGCAAUUGAGUUGAAUCCUUCUCAUUCAAAAGCAUAUUUGCGCAAAGGUACUGCAUGCAUCGAGCUUGAGGAAUAUGAGACUGCUAAGGCAGCUCUAGAGAUGGGUGCUUCAUUGGCUCCUGGAGACUCAAAAUUCUCUGAUUUGAUCAAAAAAUGUGAUAAGCUCAUUGCGGAAGAAUCUGGUGUCAUAUCCAGACAAGAAAAAACUGUGACACAGGGUGUUUCUACAAAGGGUGUUCAGUCACAAAAUGAUCUUCAAGAACCACAGACAGUAACAGCGCCUAAACCUAAAUACAGGCAUGAAUUCUACCAGAAAUCUAAUGAGGUGGUUGUUACCAUAUUUGCAAAGGGCAUUCCGCAGCACAGUAUUGAUGUUGACUUUGGUGAACAAAUCCUAAGUGUUAGCAUUAAUGUCCCUGGCGAAGAUGCAUAUGUCUUUCAACCUCGCUUAUUUGGAAAGAUCAUACCCACAAGUUGCCGGUAUGAAGUUUUGUCCACCAAAAUUGAAAUUCGCCUUGCAAAAGCAGAACCUAUCCAUUGGUCAUCUCUAGAAUUCAGCAGUAGUAUUGGAGCUCCACAGAGGGUUAAUGUUUCCUCAGUUGCUGGAGGUGAAAGACCUAAUUACCCAUCCUCAAAACAAACAAGAGAUUGGGACAAGCUGGAAGCUCAAGUUAAGAAAGAGGAAAAAGAAGAAAAGCUUGAUGGUGAUGCAGCGUUGAACAAAUUUUUCCGUGAGAUAUAUCAGGAUGCAGAUGAAGACACAAGAAGAGCAAUGAGUAAAUCAUUUGUGGAGUCUAAUGGAACUGUACUCUCUACAAACUGGAAAGAAGUGGGAUCAAAGAAGGUAGAGGGAAGUCCUCCAGAUGGCAUGGAGUUGAGGAGAUGGGAAUAUUAAUCUCUUUUUUGUGAUGUGGGAUUUUACUCUGCAUGUGCUUAGAUAACUACUGAACAUAAGGAUAUUGAACUGCUUUAAUUGUAUUGGUUUUCCUGGUGUAAAUUUUUUGCUAAGAUCUUAUAGUUGGUGCAAGAGUUUUGUGUUUUGUGAAAUGUAAUGUUUAUGCAGCUCUA